GUAAUAAAUUAAGCGAUCGAUGAAAGAGAUUCGAAGAAGAUGAAUGUCAGAUUAUCGAUCUGUAAAAAAAUGUGUAAAGUAAUUAUAAAAAAAAAUUUCUAUCGAUAGUCGUGAUACGCGAACAUAUCUGUUUAUAAUUCAAAAGUGGCCAACUUCAGAUGAAAAGCAUAAACCGCGCAGAUGCACGUAACAGGAGUUUACAUUACGACGCUAAGCUAUCAACAGUUAUCAAGAGGUGGAUAAUUGGAAAAUACAUUGCAUGUUUUUUGGGUCAGCUUUUGUAAAACUAGUAGCGAUUAUCUCCUGCGAUUGAGCAGCGACUGAAUUGAUAAAGAGAGCUCUUGCCAUUAUUAAUUCUCCGGAGGCCUCAGAGGUGUAUUACGUAGCUGCUGAACAUCCUCAAAAAAUAAUGGAGAAGCCAGUUGCAUCAGAUAUAGUAAUAAUUGCAGGAAAUUCUCAUCCAGAACUCGCCAAUUUGAUUGCAAAUCGUCUAGGUAUAAAACCUGGUGGAUGUGCUGUGUAUCACAAAACGAAUCGUGAGACAAUGGUAGAGAUAGGAGAUUCUGUACGUGGCAAAGACUUGUAUUUGAUCCAAACUGGUACAAAAGAUGUAAACAAUAACAUAAUGGAGCUUCUCAUCAUGGCCUAUGCCUGCAAAACAUCAUCGGCCAAAAAUAUUGUUGGAGUAAUUCCAUAUCUACCUUAUUCCAAGCAGUGCAAAAUGCGUAAGCGUGGCUGUAUAGUAUCCAAGCUUUUAGCAAAAAUGCUGUGUACAAGUGGCCUAACUCACAUUAUUACCAUGGAUCUACAUCAAAAGGAAAUUCAAGGAUUUUUUGAUGUUCCCGUGGAUAAUCUGAGAGCUAGCCCAUUUCUACUACAAUACAUUCAAGAAUCCAUUCCUGACUAUCAUAAUUCUGUGAUCGUUGCAAGAAAUCCAGGUAGUGCGAAGAAAGCGACUAGCUACGCUGAAAGACUGCGUUUGGGAAUUGCGGUGAUUCACGGAGAACAGAGAGAGGCUGAAUCCGAUAUGAAUGAUGGUCGUUAUUCGCCACCUGGAUUAGCGUUGGCUGCGCGCACUAUGGAAGUUGGCGUAGGUGUGCCUUUGCAUCCCGCGAAAGAAAAACCACCUAUAAGUGUUGUCGGAGAUGUCGGAGGACGUAUUGCUAUUAUGGUGGAUGAUAUGAUAGAUGAUGUUCAAUCUUACGUAGCGGCUGCUGAAGUACUUAAGGAGAGAGGGGCUUAUAAAAUAUAUGUCUUAGCUACACAUGGUUUGCUUAGCUCGGACGCGCCUAAGCUCAUCCAAGAGUCUCUGAUCGAUGAGGUGGUUGUAACCAAUACAAUUCCACACGACGUGCAGAAAAUGCAAUGUCCAAAAAUCAAGACUGUCGACAUUAGUGUUCUUUUAGCGGAGGCGAUCCGACGUAUACAUAAUAAAGAAUCGAUGUCUUAUUUAUUUAAAAAUGUAACUUUGGAAGAUUAGAAAUACUGAGCAAUUAUGCAUCAAAAGUUACAUUUUAAUUAUGAAUGAAAAAAAAGACAGUUGAAAGUCACAUAAAAGUCGAUGCCGGGGACCAUGUCCAGAAUACAUAUCCGUCUCUUAAUUUUCUACGCUAUUUUUAUAUUUUCCCAACUUGAAAAAACGAACAGUGAACGUAUAAAACUAGUCUCUUGCGUUUACCAAUGAUAAUAAUCGGCCGAAUUCUUUAAUCAUAUUUCUUUUGUAGUUAUUUUUUCCCUAUAUAAUAUAUAGUCAUAGGUUGUACAAAAAAAUCAAUCAUGAGGAUAGUCAAAUGUGAAAUAUAGUCGUUACAGUAUAUUAGUACAUACUGUAACACAUUUUAGGAUCUUGUAAAAUCACAUAUAUAUAGAUGUGUAUUCUGCGCUUACCAGUGAUCUAGUUUUAGCUUUACUGUGUUGUAUGAUUAUAUAUAAAGUCCUUGUAUUUUAGAUCAAGACAUAAUAAAUAUAUUUCAAGAUACAAAAA